AUAGCAUCUAUUAUCGGGCCGAAGCUUUCUGUGCCCUCGGGCCUAUCUCUGCUUUGAAUGCCGGUUCCGUGACUUACGCAAGUCCGCCCGCCCAAUAAUACCGAAAUUCUCUUGGCUUUCAUCACCAACGGUUGAGACGACGGCCGAGAGUGAAAAUGGGUCAUAUAUAAGAUGAGGUUCGGCAAGCCUGCAGCUACUCUUGACCAUGUCCCCCUCAAAGCGGAGCACCCACGUUUCUACAUUCUGAGACCCCCUCAUCCCUCUAAAUUAUUGAAAUUUGAAACCACAUUCCACCAUGACCUUUCUUCGUGGCAAAAUCUUGAAUUGGGCGAUCACCGCAUGUGCUGGCUCAGCCUUUCUGCUAUUUGGUUACGACCAGGGCGUCAUGUCUGGCUUGCUCACAGGCUCAGCCUUCACUUCGCAGUUUCCCGAAAUAGAUACAACGGAGGGUGCGAACGGAUCAGCGUCCCUUCAAGGAACUGUGGUUGCCAUUUAUGAGAUAGGCUGCCUGUUCGGAUCCAUCUUCACCUUCUUCUUUGGUGAAAGGUUCGGAAGACGUCGAACGAUCAUGCUUGGUUGCGCCGUUCUGUGUAUCGGCGCGGCAUUACAAGUCGCGUCUUUUGGUAUCCCUCAGCUGAUCGUUGGACGAAUCGUCACGGGAUUGGGUAACGGCAUGAACACGUCAACCGUCCCUGUGUGGCAUAGUGAGACGACCCAGCCGCACAACCGAGGUCGUGCUCUGGCCAUUGAGCUAGCCAUCAAUAUCUUUGGAGUCAUGACGGCCUAUUGGGUCGACUACGGCUUUAGUUUUGUUCAGAAUCCAUCUCAGUUUCGUGCCCCGCUCGCCCUUCAAAUAAUCUUUGCCCUAGUCACCAUCCUGCUUAUCCAGUUCUUACCUGAAUCUCCAAGGUGGCUUUUAAAGCAUGGACGAGCGGACCAAGCGAAAGAUGUCCUGGAUCGGUUAUCUGUCCUUGAGGGAUCAGAUCGGGCUGAGCGACUCGAAGCUGAGCUGGCAAGCAUUCAACAUGCUUUGGCAGAGGAGGAAGCCGCCACUCUCAAAGACAAGAAUGGGAAUCCCGUUUCUGCCAUUAGAGCAUGCUUCACCAAUGGUAAAGAGAGGUACUUUCACCGAGUCAUGUUAGGUGUUGGAUCUCAGUUUAUGCAGCAACUUUGUGGUAUCAAUCUGAUUACCUACUAUGCGCCUGUCAUCUUUGAGCAGUCCGUCGGUUUAUCCCAUCACGUCUCACUCUUGUUAUCUGGCUUCAACGGAAUCGCGUACUUCUUCUCUUCCCUGAUUCCUAUUUCGCUCAUCGACCGUAUCGGAAGGCGAAAGUUGAUGCUGUUCGCCGCGGCCGGACAAUGCGCUUGUAUGGCGAUCUUGGCUGGAACAACUUCUGUAACACACAAAGCUACCGGUAUUGUCGCUGCCACGAUGCUCUUCCUCUUCAAUUUCUUCUUCGCCGUUGGACUCUUGGCGAUUCCAUGGUUGCUACCAGCAGAAUAUGCCCCGUUGCCUAUUAGAGCCUCAGCAGCAGCUCUUGCCUCGGCAUCCAAUUGGAUCUUCACUUUCCUGGUCGUUGAGAUCACGCCUGUGUCUAUCAAGAACAUUGGUCACAACACUUACAUCUAUUUUUGCGUCUUCAACUUUUGCUUCUUACCACUUAUUUAUUGCUUUUACCCCGAAACUGCCAAUUUAUCCUUGGAGCAGAUCGACUUGCUGUUCACAGGGGAUAAAGUCUACCUUCAUCUACCAUCAGGUCUCGCUCAUACAAGUACCGUCUCUGACUCUGAACAUGGGACACUUACUCCGGUUGGGCCAACGGAGCUCAGGGACAAGGACGUCUCGGUUCGUACCGAAGCAGAAAAGAAGGAAUGAAAAUAUUCAGAGGGAGUCUUUCGACGAACAUGGCAGAGACCACCAUGCUUCUGAGAAAUAUGUAGUGUACCUAAAGUGUCCAAUGUCAUGCAUAGGGCUUGACGUCUUGAGGUAAGCCCUUCUCUAG